ACUUUAAAAGUGAACUUUCCCAACGGUCACCGCCUCACACACUCAUUUCUAAUUGUGAUUCGUAGGAAGUAAGUUCUCUAGUGUAAAAUAAGUCAAAUUCUCAUAAAAAAUAAAUCGGAACACAACAAUUAAACCAACAAGGAAAAACACCACCAAAUAUCGAGGAGCAUCCAGAAAUCGUUCAAAUAGAAGCAUUAAAAGCUAGCAAAAACAACUAAAGAUAUAGUAUCUCUAUCGUGUUUCAACCAAAAUCCAACCGCAGUCGUAGUCUCAUUCGUCUUUGGUCAUCUAGUUCUUGUUCUUGUUCAGCAUUGAGUAAAUAUAUAGCGUUGUGUACGUAUUAUAUGCUUGCGCCUAAUCACGUAAUCGGUAAAUUCGGCAUUGCAAUUCCAACAACAAUAAUUGUGUAAACGGUAUCUAAACGUAAGCGGCAACGUAACGCAUCCAGCAACGUAAGCGUCCAAAGGAGCAGCAGCAGCAACUGUAACAAGAACAACAACAACAGCGGCCAAUCGGAAGCCUCUGAAGAGGACGUCAGCUAACGAUCUCGAGCCAGGAGCGCAGACAUUCAACUGUAUAAAUGCGUGCCACAACUAAAGCAGUGGAAACCAAUUCUAUAACCUCAGCCGCCUAAUAGCCAGCCAGCCAACCGAUCCGUUCCGAUCCAGAACCGAUAAGCCGCAGUAACCGAUCCCGCUAAAAGAAUAUAUAAUACUCGGCCAAGUGAGCAACGAGUAGCGAGUAGCGAGUGGCUAUCAGCGAGAAGCGAACAUCAGUUUUUUGGCCAGCGCGCACCCCCGUUUCCGGUAACAGCCUCAAGAUUCUUCCCUUCGGAGCCGCCAACUUUCGUCUGGAGACGACACCCGCUGAGAUGCACAAGAUCGCGGCAGCGCCACCUCCAGCGGCACAGCCCGCUGGAGCGCUGGAAGCGCCACUGGCGGCGCCCAAAUACGGCACACUUAUCCCCAACCGUAUCUUUGUGGGCGGCAUCAGUGGCGAUACCACCGAGGCAGAUCUAACCCGCGUCUUCAGCGCUUAUGGGACUGUUAAGAGCACCAAGAUCAUUGUGGAUCGUGCCGGCGUUAGCAAGGGCUAUGGGUUCGUCACAUUCGAGACGGAGCAGGAGGCGCAAAGACUGCAAGCAGAUGGCGAGUGCGUGGUACUACGCGAUCGUAAACUGAACAUUGCACCGGCCAUUAAAAAACAGCCCAAUCCUCUGCAAUCGAUUGUGGCCACAAACGGAGCCGUCUACUAUACCACCACGCCGCCGGCACCGAUUAGCAACAUACCGAUGGAUCAGUUUGCUGCCGCCGUUUAUCCGCCAGUUACUGACUUUACAGCCGCUGGAGUUCCCACCAUCUACCCACCAUCAGCCAUGCAAUAUCAGCCAUUCUAUCAGUACUACAGUGUGCCAAUGAAUGUACCCACCAUUUGGCCUCAGAAUUACCAAGAAAAUCACUCUCAAUUGUUGCAUCACCAUCACUUGCCAUCAACGAACUCACACCAGUCGCCAACAAAUUCCUGGACAGAGUAUGAGGAUGCAAAUGGCAGUCUGCCCCGACUUUAACCAAUAUAUAAAUCUAUAUACUUGGCUAAGGGGAGAGGGGGGAGAUCAAGAUCCAAAUCAAGAUCAAGAUCACAAACAGAUUGAUACAGAGAGAGUAAGAUCAAGCCACAUUUCGUAGAAUCAGAUUUUAAAUUGGACGAAUGGAUGGAGAGAAGUUUUUUUGCAUACGAACAAGAGUGCUCCCACAUCAUCGAUAGAACGUGGACGAUGGCGAUGCCACACACUAUACUCCUUUGUUAAUCGUUUUGCGUUUUUCUGAUAUUUCCACUUUCAUCAAGACACCAUUACCAUCAUGAUCACCGUACCAAAACCAAAAAGCUCAGGACCCCCCUUCCAGUGGGGGGUAAUCUUUGAUAACCUGUGUUUCUGCGUUCAAAUUGUUCCAUUUGUUGUUUGUUCUCGUUUAUGUUUUCGUUAUUUUUUUUCGCAAGUUACUACUACUACAUAGUUUUUGGAAACAACAAAAGGGUGCGUGGCAGCGAGUGUGCGCCUGCGAUGACGGGAGGAGGAGCAGAGGAGCAGCCAGGCCAGGCCAGAUGAGGGCACAGGAUUCAGGAUCAAGAGGAUGGAGCGGGCACAAAACUCAACAAAUCUCAACAACUUCGUUUCCCCCCCGCACAGAGAAUAUUUAUAUAUCAUGUGACCACAUACCGACGAAUACCAUCCCGAGUUCAAUUCGAAGCAACCGAAGCAUAUCCCAACUUCUUUCAAAAUUACCAUUUGUGAUCACACCACCACCACCAAAAGACCCGAAUAUAGUGUCCUUGCUGUCACCCAUCAUCACAUCUGGAAAUGGUCCUGGUCCUCGAGCGGAGACACUGCCUCCCAGCGAUAACAUUAGCAUUCGUUUCGGGUUCAACUCUUACCACUUGACGAGGGAGGAGCUCCGAUUCAUGGAACUUUUGAUCGUUGAUCCAUGAUCCUUCAUUUGUUGAUCCAUGGUCAUUGAUCCUUGGUUGUUGAUCUUCGAUCGUUGAUCUUUGAUCCUUCAUCUUUGAUUGUUAAUCCUUGAUCUUUGAUCGUAGAUAGCAGAUUGUUGAUCGUUAUUCGUUGAUCGUUGAUCGCUGUCCAAUCGACCCUUGAUUUUUCUAAAUUAUUUGCGAUUUCCAUUUUGGUAUCUGUGUUAGUUCGCGGUUUUCGAAUCUCGCUUUGCAAAAUCUGUGAUAUGUUAACUUUCUUUUCCAAAUCUAUCAUGUUCAUGUCCAGCCUUGCAAGCUAAUAAAAAAAGAGCCCGAAACAAAAAUGGAACACUGGUUUAUUUAGUAUUA